CACCCUGUAUAUUUAUUCUUGAGAGUCUACUUCGCACCGGUUACAACCUAUUCACCCACUCUAGAUCAACUAUCCAAAGUAGGAACUCCUUGGCGACAAUUAUUGUACUACUCGACAAUAGCUAUCCUUUCUUAUCGCCCAACACCUGACGCAUCAACUACGAAUGUUUUGCUGUCAGUAAAAAUGCUUACAGCGUAAACAUCGAACUCUUUUUCAAUCUAUUCGAAGCGGAAGGUAGUGUAUUGUUUUUGUAUGUUCUCCUUCGAUAGGAAAUUACGAAUUACGUGAUUUGAGGCCGAGCCUUGAACAAGAUCAACAAUCUAGACAGGUUUUUCUGGAUCCAUAGAUGUGGCGACGGAGGUGAAGAAGGAGCUUCUAGAGCGUCCAAACUCGCAAUAUUGGCAAAACUGUGGUGAGAUCUUGUGCAGUGCGACCAACAGGCAUAAGAUGCCCGCAGCGAUAGUCCUGCUUCUAGCGGGAGUCCUCGUAAUCGUUCCCGAGUGCCACCCCCUUCCCCUUGAUCCCGUCUCCCCCUGCCCGGACAUAUUUCGAUACGAGGAAGUUUCGGAGGAAGGAUGGAGAGCCAACUUGACUUUGAACUCGGAAUCUGAUCUGGACGGGGUCUGGGUGAGGCUGUUCACCAGGCCAAAGUUGCGAGGCGUCGUGGUUUCGGACGAUUUCGUCGUUAGGUAUAAUGAAACUGAGGAAGUCAGGUUGGCCAACAGAAACUACAUGCUUAAAGCAGACACUCCAGCUAGUCUAACUGUAAGUGGUGAACUCCUGGAUGGAAAGGUCCCAGUGUUAAUUUCAGUGAUCCUCAAUGGGAAAAAGAUAUGUCCUCCAGAACAAAUCAGUGAAAGCAGCUUGUACAUUGGAGAUUUCAACAACAAAAAAUUCAUUUCAUCGGUGAAAUCCCAAGGCGUCACCCACCACAAUUCCUCCAACACCACAAAAUGCGGUAAAGCCCUACUGCUGAAUUCCUUGAUACCCAACGACAACAUCAAGGUGCUCCCAGGGGAAUGGCCCUGGCAGGCUGGUCUUUUCAAAGAGAUCAACGGGACUCAAUCCCUACUUUGCGAGGCCACUCUCGUUUCGGAAAACACCCUCUUGACCUCAGCCCAUUGCGUGACGUGGCAGGAUUCCAACACCCCCAUAUCCACUGGUCUCCUCACAGCGAGGCUAAAGAAUCUCAACGUUCAGGAAGCCGACGAAGACGACAUCCACAAGGUGAAAGCCGUCGUCGUUCAUCCGGAUUAUAACGAGACAACUUUGACGAACGAUUUGGCUGUUGUGAAGCUGCAGAAGGACGUAGAGGCGGAUGAGGCGGUUCAGCCCAUCUGUCUUCCCAGCUCUGGGAAGCUACCCGAGGAAUCCUUCAUUUUGGGGUACGGUUUCAAGGGGGACGGAACCCUGUUGAAUUUGGGAGUCGCUAAGACUGUUCCUUUGAGCGAUGACAAAUGCGCCAGCUUGGAACCUUCGUAUCUAACCCUGAUGAACGACGAUAAUUAUUGCGCCACGUAUGUUCAAGAUCAUGAGGUUUGUAUCGGGAGUUCAGGAAGUGGAGUGAUGGACAUAAAAUCCGAUUCUGAGUAUGUCUGGGAGUUGAGAGGUGUGUUGAGUGUUGGUAGAGCCCUUCAUGAGAAGUUUAGAUGCGAUCAAAGCAGCCCUAUAUUGAUUGCAGAUAUCUCGAAGUAUCUCAAAUGGAUAAAAUCUAAUAUUUCUUAGGGAUAAACAUCGUGAAGUCAAGUAUUAUAUCCGAAAAGGCUGUAGUGCUACUAUAUUCUUGAACUUUUGUCUGUCUGCAUAAGAAACGUUGUGUGACGUCCAUGAACUGUGAUUAUUUUAAUUAUGUAUUUAAUGAGAGGCACAUUAAAGCAUCUAUAUUGAUGGAAACAGAGAAGAAAGAGAUAA